CCUAAUUAACCUCUGAAAGAGAAUCUUUCGAAACUUAAGAGCAGAUGUGAACGCAAUGAUUUCAAACUAUGACCCCCAAAACUACAAUGCGGAGACUCGGUGUGAAUAUAAAUAUUUGGAACUGACGGGGUUAAAUCAUUCAAAAGCCAAAGUCACAGAGGAACACAUAGCACCAUGGCAGCUAAGUUCAUUGUACUUUCACUGUUAGUAGCAUCGGUCUACGGCAGUGGUGGUUACUCAAGCUUCUCCUAUGGUGUAUCGGACCCCAACACCGGAGACGUCAAAGAUCAGCACGAAAAGCGAGUCGGUGACAGUGUCGUUGGAAAAUACUCACUUCUGGAAUCAGAUGGAACCAAAAGGAUUGUCGAGUAUGCUGCUAACGCCGCCACUGGAUUCAAUGCUGUUGUCCGCAAAGAGCCUGCUGUUGGAGUUCAUCCGUCCGGACCUAAUGCUCCGCUAGCUGGAGCUGCACAUGGAUCUGUAGCACAUCAAACACCUUUGGGCCCUGUCGCUGGCCCAGUGCACCCUGCACCUAUUGCUCCUUUGGCUGGAGCUGGUCCUCUUGCCCACCAUGCUGCUCUACCCCAUCCCGGUGCUCUUCCUCAUCCUGGCGCUUUAGCCAAUCCUGGUGCUUUUGGUUAUCCAGGAGCUCUAGCCCAUGGCGCUCUUCCCCAUCCUGGCGCCCUAGCUCACCCUGGUGCUCUCGCUCAUUCGGGAGCACUCGCUCACCCUGGAGCUCUGGCUCAUGCUGGCGCUCUUGCCCACCCUGGGGCCCUCCCCUACCCUGGUUCUCUUCCACACCCUGGAGCUCUUCCUCACCCUGGAGCUUUCUCUCAUUCAGGUGCGCUUGCCCACCUUGGAGCGUAUGGCGCGAACCGUCUUGCUGGUAACUUAGCGUACCCAGGUUACGCUAACGGAUAUGGCAACCCAUUGGCUGGUCAUCUUGGAAACCGUGGAGCGCCUGCUGUAUCUCAUUAUUCCCACUCUAUUGUUCACAAUGCUGCUCGUCCCUACCCUGGACCUUACGCCGGAGCCUACAACGGAGUCUACAACAGAGCCUACGGUGGAGCAUAUGGUGGUGCUUACGGUGGAUAUGGAGCUCCCUUAGCUCAUGGACUCGCUAACCCUCAUGCCCAUGGACUGAUCAACCCUCAUGCGUCCGGCGUUGCCCACAGUUACGCUAACUCAGUAUCACACCCAGCUCCUCAUGGUCACGGUGCGUACGGUGCCCCGGCUCUUGGUGCCUCGGCUCUUGGAGCUGGUUUGGCCUGGUGAUGAACUGACUGCAACUGAACUGUGAUUUAGACGACUAAUAAAUUAUGAAUACGAA